AUGGCUAAGCAUCAAGGGUUCACUUGUGGUGUGCCUAGGUUGCAUGUGACUGUGUUAACUCAGAAUCCAUGGGAAAUCACAAGGAUUGAAUUCGAGCGCCUUGAUAUAGAAUCAAGCCGUGAAUGGCUAUUCCUCUCAGACAACAUAAGACCUGGAGCGAUUUGA